AUGUAUUUACAAUUCCAUUGUAAUGCAUUAUCAUGGAUAGUGGUUGACAACAAGCAUAGUAUUGAUUCAAUGUUGAAGAAGAAUAGGAUUGAUACACAUUUGUUGAACAACAGUAUACCUAUGAAUAUAUUACCUUCAGAAGAGAAUAAUAAUAAUAAUAAAAAUAAUAAUAAUAAUAACCAUGAUGAAACUUUAACAACAACGACAACAACAACAAAACACUUAUCGAUUGUGAAUAAUUUCGAUUGGAUAUGUAUUGACGAUAUUUGUAAGGAGUGUAUCAGUGUACAGGCUACAAUAACACGAUGUUUAGAAUUUCAAGUUUAUCGUUUACCCUAUACAAAUGGUGGCAUAGUCAAUGGAGAUGAAAAUUUUAUCGAUUUAGGAAUUUGUAUACGAUUUACAAUUAGUGAUGGAAGUGGAAGUGCACUUGUUCAGUUAGGCAAUCCUCCUUGUUUAUCAUCAUCUCGUUCUACUACUUCUACUGCUUCACCUCAGAUUCCCUCAAGUGAUAAUCUAUGUAAAACAAUCGAUAAUUCUAGUAUACCUUUAAAAAAUGAUUAUUCGAAUGUUAAUUAUAGUCAUAAUAACUAUAAUGACUUAGAAUUAGCUCGUCUUUUGUUAGGGUUUAAUCCAUCAUUAUGGAAAAGAUUAUGUAGUAAAUUGAAGUAUAUGUUAAAUCAAGAUAGACUAAAGCCUAAAAAUAAUUUCAUAUCAAUUCAAUUAGCUUUAAAAAUGUAUUUAAAUUCACCAACAUUUUUAAGAAAUUGUCGAUUCAAUUUAAAGCGUAGAAUGAUGACUUCACGUAAUUGUUGUCCCUCUAAAAUGACAACAACAACAACAACAACAACAAUACCAUCAUCAUCAUCUGAAUAUUGGCGAUUAAAACGAGUCAAUUUAAAAAAGGAAAAUAAUUUUCUAUCCUUAAAUAAUAAAUAUGAACAUGAACAACAAUCUGUGUAUUUUGUUCUACCACCAUAUAAAUUGUAUACUUUAUUGAAUGUAAUUUCUCAUAAUGAUGAUUUUGUUUUUCAAUAA